UAUGAACUUCCUUUGUUUCAGAUUAUUUUUCUUACUCUGACUAUUGCUACUUACAAUGCCAAAAGUACGCCGUACAAGAAAGAAGCGUCCAGAUGGCUGGGAGUUAAUUGAACCAACACUGGAAGAAUUGGAUCAAAAAAUGAAAGAGGCUGAGCGUGAGAGUCAUGAAGGGAAGCGUCAAGUUGAAGCUCUCUGGCCAAUAUUCCGAAUUCACCAUCAGCGCUCCCGUUACAUCUAUGAUUUGUAUUACAGAAGAAAGGCCAUUUCCCGGGAGCUGUAUGACUACUGUCUCAAGGAGCGCAUAGCUGACCAGAACCUCAUUGCCAAAUGGAGAAAGCAAGGCUAUGAGAACCUCUGCUGUCUCCGCUGCAUCCAGGCCCGUGACACAAAUUUUGGCACUAACUGCGUCUGCAGGGUUCCUAAGAGCAAGCUAGAGGAGGGCAAGAUAGUGGAAUGUGUCCACUGUGGGUGCCGUGGAUGCUCUGGUUGACACGCAUCUCUUGUAUCACACAAGAGAGGGACAGCUCUGGGCUACGUUCUGAAUGAAUUUCUUCGUUCGUUUGAUUGCUUGGAAGAAAUGAUAUUGUAGGGGUGUUAUUGCUGUCAGCCCAACACCCAAUAUUGUUGGAUGUUAUUGCUAUCAGCCCAACACCCAAUAUUGCUGGGUGUUAUAGCUAUCAGCCCAACACCCAAUAUUGUUGGGGUGUUAUUGUUAUCAGCCCAACGCCCAAUAUUGCUGGGGUGUUAUUGUUAUCAGCCCAACACCCAAUAUUGUUGGGUGUUAUUGCUGUCAGUUUAACACCCAAUAUUGUUGGGGUGUUAUUUUUGUCAGCCCAGCACCCAAUAUUGCUGGGUGUUUUUGCUAUCAGCCUAACUCAGAGUUGUGAGGCUAGAGUUGUAAGUCCCUUGACAACUUUGUCUGACGCACGUAGCUCACAGCACAUCCGAAAGAGAAGGUAGCUAAUGGACAUUGCUAUUCAAUUCACGAAUUGUUUUAGAUGCAUAAUUAAUAGAAGAAAAGUUUUAAAUUUUAGCUAUUAAUUCUGACAGGAUAUGAGUAAUAAUUUUGUGUUACCUAUACAGACUGCAGUACGCGUAAUUGCAAGACUCGAAUCCAAGAGUAUGGUUUAAGUUGAAAAUUUCGACUUGAAACGGGUCAAGUAAUUUAAUGGUAUUUAAAAAUUGACGAGGUAAUUUUUAAGUCUCGAAAAUGGCAUUGAUCUAUUAACGAGCUGACUGCUGAUUCUCUAUUCGUACUUGAUAUUAGAGCGCACUACUAUCUGCAAUAAACUAUCCUGAAAAUUAACUUGCUGUAUAAAAAUGAAAGAAAUAUUUCUUAAUUCUGACUGACUGCCAGCCACUUUUUCCGCAUUAAACCAAAUCAGUUGAUUGCCGAGUUAAAUUCCUUGUAUAUUAUUAACGUUGAACACAUCGCCCUAAGCACAUCUCUCGACAGGUACUUUAGCUUGGAAGCUAAACUUUUUUCAAUGUAAAAACACUAACAAUCUCAUUAUAUGAAGCUACUGGGGUAUCGUGUAACCAACCAAAAAACUCGAUAAAUUUUUCUUAUGGAUGUAUGAUUUUCUAAAUUUUCUGUUUGAUUUGGAACGCUAUCUGUGGUGCUGAAGAACUGGAUUAGUUUGGACAACUCACAGUAGUGCUUUCCAAUCCACUACUCUUGGGCUUCUGCCGGCCUCGUUAUUUUAACCUCAUUCUUGUUGCCAUUCUCCUGACGACUAAUAAAGUUACUUUUUUUCUCGGAAUAUAAUAUUGUUAGCUCAGCCAUAAUGUGACUUCAUGCGAAGCUCGUCGUGAAAAGCUGACAAGAACAACUUGUGAAUCAAAAGUGUCCUGGCUCUCAAACAUCAAUUUCUUGCCAUGUGAGGCCCUCUAACGAAUAAAGGUUUAGAAUCUCUGAACUAGAGAUUAUUGAGGUGUGCAUUGAAAAUUGAUUACAUAUUCCGCUGAUCUCAUUCCUAGGUCUUAGUCAUUUCCAUUAGUGGCAAACCAAUUUUUUUCGGUAUAUUUUGAAUUAGGUAUUAAUCCCUUGAGGUUGGCAAAGUUCUUUCAUGCCAAGAAGUUGGUCUUUGGUCAUUCACAAUUUGAGAAUCGACUCGUUUACUAGUUGAUUCAGAAGGACUGAGGUCAGGAAAACUAGAACUGUCCUAAGGUCAGGAAAACAGAAGAGCAGAGAUUGAAGAAGAGCAGAAGAUUGUUUUAGAAGAGCAGAGAUUGUUUUUCCUAUUCUUGAUCUCUUAAGUCUUCUGUAACUGGAUAGUUGAUGUCCCUAUGGUAGUCUUAAUUCUUAAUAAAAGUGCUAUUUAU